AUGGCUUCUCAGCAAGAUGGACACACGGUCUUUAUGACUGAACAGGAAGCAGAGCGCAUACGGAAUAUUGCCAAAAAUAGGUUAAAGAAAUGUUCCGAACUGGCUGGCCAUUCACGGGAAAAGAGAGAUGCGAUAGCCUCCAAACAACAAGCGACUGGCGCAUCUCUUAUGGCCGAUAUGGGCGCGCCAGAUCCUGACUUGGCGCAAACGAAAGGUCGAGCAGGCACAUUCCCGGCUCUCCCUGUAGGACAAGUAUAUCCGCCUUGUACCACUUCGCUCCAGGACUUAGAGCCCAUAAAAUUAGUCGAUCUCAAAAUAGAGACCCAUCAUCGUGGCCGUCGGCUCACCGUGAAGCGCGCGAGCCCAGUGGUUCUGCUUAUAGCGAGGCCGUGGACCAUGGUGCAGGAAGAAGGAGAAGAGGAUAUGGAGCGUCUAGAACUGUGCUUGCAUAAGUCAAGACAUGGCGAAGAGGUGCUGGAAUCAGCAUCAACCUUUAUCAUAAAGGAACCUUACUUUACUCUCACAGAUCAGGGUGAACCCACGAUUCGGGUUGACCAUCCUUCAGAUAUAAUUGUCUGUCGGGAUGAAGUAGGCCAGGCUAAAGACGCAGCAGAGUCAGAGAAGAUUGCGAAGACCUGCAAAAACAAGGGGAAUGCGGCCCUUGAACAGCAGAAAUUAGCCUUGGCUCAUGCAAAAUAUACCGACGGCCUUAAAGCUGCCAGACAAGAUAUUGUAUCUGAAACUAACCCUGACUUGGCCCGAGAUCUCUUUCGCAAUAGAGCUCAUGUUAACCUUCUUUUGAAUCAACUUGAUGAGGCAAAGAGUGAUGCAAAGGCUGCUCUUAUCGGCAAGGAUGAUGAGCGAUCCAAAGACCUUGACAGUAAGGCUUAUUUCCGGGCUGGUUCUGCAGCAUACAACCUCGGCGAAUAUGAGGAAGCGAAGGGCUUCUUUGAAGAGCAACUUAAGCUUACCCCUGAUAACAAAACAGCGGCCGCUUACUUAAAAAACAUCGAGGUGCGCUUCCGCGAGCAAAACAUGGGAUCAUACAAUUUCAAGAAGAUCAAGGCCAACCUAUCCAGAGCCCGUCCACGCAUCGACGCCGCAAGUUUCCUUAGUAACACAAAGGUAGAGGAGAGCAAGGGACGAGGACGUGGCUUAUUCGCGACCCGUGAUAUUCCUGCCGGGGAGAUUAUCAUAUGCGAGAAAGCGUUCUGCGUGGUUUGGGGCCACGAAAAACAGGCUAUGACAGCAAUGACAUACGACGUGCGGGAUGACAAAAUCAGGGUGUCACCGGUCGGUCUGAGCAAAUCUAUCGUGCAAAAGCUCCUUAGCAAUCCCUCCCAGAUCGAAAAAGUAAUGGAUCUUUAUGGCGACUACCAGGGAAGCGGCAGCAAUGUGUCCAAGACCGGGGAUGGUCCUGUAGUCGACACAUUCCGAGUUCACGACAUCGUAUCCCGUAAUGCAUUCGGUCCGGGAAGCCAAUUCGGAGACGAAGGUGUCAGUAACGCGAGUACGGGUCUCUGGAUCUGGGCCGCAUACAUCAACCACUCGUGUGUCGCGAAUGCCAAGAAGGAAUAUGUAGGCGACCUGAUGGUUCUCCGUGCUACCCGGCCCAUCGCUGCCGGCGAGGAAAUCUUCCACAGCUACGACGAAUCAAGCGACUUCGACGCGAGACAGGCAGCUCUAAUGACUACCUGGGGCUUCGAAUGCAGCUGUCCGCUCUGCACCGCGGAAAAGACAGAUACCCCCGCCGUGCGCAAGAAGCGGCGCGAUCUGGCGGACGAUGCGGACGAGUUCGUGUCAACUGAGCACUAUCUCGAUGCGAAAAGACUUACCAUCUCGAAGGCAAAACGACUUGUGAAGGCUAUUGAUGACACGUAUGAUGAAAAUAAAUACAAGGACUUGCCUCGUUUUGCAUCCCAGAGGAUUAAGGAGUGGCUUGCUCUGGCGAGCCAGAAAAGAUAG